UUAAAAUUUAAAGAUCAUACUAAUACUUUGAUUUACCAAUUUAAGCUUCUUAAUACUGUAAAGUAUUAACAGUGAAGAGCCAGCAAUUUCUAGAUAAUACAACGUAAGAUGGGGCACAUUGUAGGUUUUUGGAUUUUUCUUGUUUUGCUUUCAUUUUUGGUUUUGAGAGGUAGUGGGGUGAAUGGAAGAAUAUGGGCUUUGGAGUCAAAUCUAAGUUUGAAUCCAAGCUCUGCCAUUUAUUUAGACUUUGGGCAGGUUUGUUAACCUCUCUAAGUUUUAAAAAAAUGCUGUUACCUAUGUUCGUUGGGUUGUGUAAGAAUUACAUGUGCUAGUUUUCCUCAUUUCCCCCCUUCCCUUUGGUUAAGGGAAAUUGGUCUAGUGUGGUCUAAGAUCAAAGAUGGUCUCGUAUGGAUGACAAAAUGUUUCACAAGAACACACAAUAUCCUUGGACCAGGAUAUACCAGUAAAGAUGGAGGAUGUAAAUAAUUAAUUUUAGAGGUCUAUUAACUUUUUAAACCAUUAAGCUAUCUAUUUGUACCUCACAAGAUCAAAUACUAGAUUAUGUUAGUGAUUUAUAAAUGAUAUUGAACUUGAAACUUCUAAGUAGUUUACAUGACAGGUUGUUGAUUAACAGGUUUACUUUUUUUAUCUUAGAGAGCAUUUUAAUUUAGUUCAGCAAACAUUUAUUUGUGCCAUCCAGGAUCUCAAUCUCCAGAGGCCUCAUAGACCAAAAUAUGUCUCAAAAGGAAGGGAGGAAAACUCUAUGUAUUUAUCAAUUUAUUUAUCAAACUCUGGCAAGGGAGGAAAAAGUUGAGUAUAUAUAUAUAUAUACUCUGCUUUUCACUUGUACUGCUAUUGCCUAUGUGUGCAUCUGUUAAUAUCAUAUAUAGCAAUUCAUGUGAAGAUUUUUUUCCAGUGAGACUUACUUAUUCUAGUAUUGGGACUCUGUAUUAAAUAAUAAUUUUUUAAAAAGAGUGCUCUAACUAAUGUUAAGGUGGAAAUUCUAGACCCCUCAAGCAAAAAUUUCCAAAUAGGACCCCUUAUCAUUUAAUUGUGAAAUAAACAACUAACACUUUGAUGGUAUUUAUGCUUGGGAAGAGAGUAAAAAGAAAUAGUUUUGGAUUUUCCCCAUAUAAAUUAGGGCCUGCCGAGUAAUUAGCAGUUAAUAAAUGAAUGCUUCCUACAAGUUUAAAGGCCAUACCUGAAAUGGGUAUAUGAUGAUGUAUAUUUUUAUAGUUGUAGGUUUUAUAUAUCCCAAGAAUCUUUGAAGAUAAUCUGAACAUCUUGGUUUGAAGAGCAGAACUUUCAAUAAGGAGCUCAGCGACAUGUCCUCACCUACAUGGAGGAUGCAGUGUGCCAGCUGCUAGAGAACAGGGAAGAUAUCAGCCAAUAUGGAAUUGCCAGGUUCUUCACUGAAUAUUUUAACAGCGUAUGCCAGGGAACACACAUUCUCUUUCGAGAAUUCAGCUUCGUCCAAGCCACCCCCCACAAUAGGGUAUCAUUUUUACGAGCCUUCUGGAGAUGCUUCCGAACUGUGGGCAAAAAUGGCGAUUUGCUGACCAUGAAAGAAUAUCACUGUUUGCUGCAAUUACUGUGUCCUGAUUUCCCGCUGGAGCUCACUCAGAAAGCAGCCAGGAUUGUGCUCAUGGACGACGCCAUGGACUGCUUGAUGUCUUUUUCAGAUUUCCUCUUUGCCUUCCAGAUCCAGUUUUACUACUCAGAAUUCCUGGACAGUGUGGCUGCCAUCUAUGAGGAUCUGCUGUCGGGCAAGAACCCCAACACAGUGAUCGUGCCGACGUCAUCCAGUGGGCAGCACCGCCAACGACCUGCCUUGGGCGAGGCCGGCAUGCUGGAGGGCGUGGAGGCGUCGCUGUUCUACCAGUGUCUGGAAAACCUGUGUGAUCGGCACAAGUACAGCUGCCCACCCCCAGCACUUGUCAAAGAGGCCCUCAGCAACGUUCAGAGACUGACCUUCUAUGGGUUCCUCAUGGCUCUCUCAAAGCACCAUGGAAUCAACCAAGCCCUCGGAGCUUUGCCUGACAAGGGGGAUCUAAUGCACGACCCAGCAAUGGACGAGGAGCUGGAACGGCUGCUGGCCCAGGUCCCAGGCCUGGUCAACUCGAUCACAGCCAGUCCAGAGGCCAGUUGCCUGCCUUCCCGGACCCCUCCCCGGGUUGGCUCCCCCUGGAGACCUCUCCAUCAUUCCCGAAAAGUGGAUGGAGAGAGCGAUGGCUCCACUGAAGAGACAGAUGAAUCGGAGACUUGAGGAGUCCGAAGGGUCCAGCCCACAGCGCCCUAUACCUGCUCCCACCCAGCCCUUGGCGUGCCCACCCAGCCUCCUCUCCAGCACCUUGUUGUGCUGCCCUCUGCUGCUGACAAGGCGAAUAACAGCCCCAAGAGCGGCCAGAGGGGCGCUGAUGAUCAGCCCAGCCAGUGGCCCCGGAAGGGAAUGGCCUGCUCUCCCUGGUCCUCUCAGCCUGCGAACUUCACUCAGGCCCCAAGCUGACAGCCUGUGCUGAAGCCACCGUAUCACUAGGAAGGGGACUUGGCCGUAGCCUGUUAGUCCUCCUAACCUCUUAAGAAGAGCAGUCUCUUCUGAACCAGUCUCUGCUGGUCCCCUGAUAAGGUUCAUCUCCUCACAGCAAUUCCAUUAAGGGGGAGAACCCGAAUAGCCACGCAGGGCCUUGCACCAUCAAGGGUGACACCUGCGACACAAGUACCAGGAGGACAUAACCGCUGUGGCCUUCUGUUGGAGAACAGCCAGUAGCCUUGGUAGGAUGGAGAAGGGUGGGCCAGAAGAUGAUUUCACUUGCAAAAACUGCUUCAAGUCUUGACCCCUUUGUGUCUAAUAGCUAAACAUGUGAAACAAAUAAAGUCCCUCAUGUCUGGUAA